AUGUACCACUCUGUUAGACGACAAUUUUCGCGUUCGGCACCAAGUAAAGCUCGGAGGACUAUCAAAGAGAUCCGACGUGCCCUAAGAGAAGCCGAGCCGCCAGAAACACCCGAAGAACUUCAGCGUUAUCUUUUCCGUCAAAGUGAAGCUGCCUUCGGUCCUCUUAUUACCGAAGACCCAACGGCCUACGUGAACAAAGUUGCAGACGACGCAUUCAAGGCAGCAUUAAAAGAAUCCGGCAAUGACCCCGCAAUAUUCAAGGAGUGGAAGAACAAUAUUAAGGCCAGGCAUGCAGUUCUCGCCGAAAGUAAAUUCGUCGUCGUCUCGUCGACUUCGCUCACAUCUUCAGACUCCUUCAUGAAAAAGCCAUAG